AUGCGGACGCCGCGCGCCGUCUGCAUCGUGGGCGCGGGGCCGGCCGGCCUGCAGUUGGGACAUCUGCUGCUGCGCGACGGGUCCGCCUUGGCCGACUACGUGAUCUUCGAGCGCAGUGGUUCGGCGGGGAGCUUCUUCGAGAGGUUCCCCGUGCACCGCUCGCUCAUCAGCCUGAACAAGCGGCAUGCGCGCUCGCGCAGCGAGGAGUUCCGCAUGCGCCACGACUGGAACUCGCUGUUGGGCUCGGAUGCAGCGGGCGUGAGGCCUGUGACCGAGAGGUCGGACGAGCUCUACCCGCACGCUAACGUGCUCGUGGAGUACCUCAGGGAGUACGCGGCCGAGCAGUCGGAGCACAUCUCCACUACGGCGUGGAGGUUCGGCGGAUACGGCCGCUGGCCGGCGAGGGGGGCUUCGAGCUCAGCGUGGAGCGCCGCGGCGGGGCCGAGGAGCCCCAGGGCUGCCGCCGCGUGGUGGUGGCCGCGGGGCUGCAGGCUCCGCACAGGCCCGCGGACGUCGUCGGCGAGGGACUCCUGA